AUGGCGGUUCCAUAUCUAAUAUCUUUUUUCAAUCAUCAAGCCCUCAAACCAUUUGCUUCUGUCCACUCUUCUUUUCGUCAUUCGAAGAAACCCGGCAUUGUCUCAUCGCACCACCAUUCUAAUAAAGCACUUCCUUCUUCUUUGUCUCUCCCCAAGAGAAACUCUUCUCGCCUUGCUUCCGGACUCAUAUCCGACUCAGCUCCGCCUGUCACUGAUUUUAUGACCAGGAAAGAGGAUUUACAUGUUCUAACUACUACUACAAGUGUUGAUGAUGCAUUGAAGGCAGUUGUGGAGAAGAAAGUUACUGGUUUCCCUGUGGUGGAUGAUGACUGGAAACUCGUUGGUAUUGUGUCAGAUUAUGAUUUGUUGGCACUGGACUCUAUUUCAGGUAGUGGUCAAGAGGAGACAACCAUGUUCCCUGAUGUUGAUAGCUCUUGGAAAACAUUCAAUGAAACACAGAAAUUGAUGAGCAAACAUAAUGGAAGGGUUGUUGGAGACUUGAUGACACCUUCACCACUUGGUCUUCCUGAAACAACAAACAUGGAAGAUGCUGCAAGAUUGUUGCUGGAAACCAAGUAUUAUCAACUUCCAGUUGUGGAUGGCGAGGGUAAACUGGUAGGAAUCAUUACAAGGGGAAAUGUUGUUAAAGCUGCCCUGAAGACAAAACGUGAAAGGUUUACAUGAUGUUUGAAUCUGCAGAUGAUUGGUUGAUCAUAAGCUUAAUCUUCAACCGAUUAUUCAAAUUCUUUUUGC